GUGACAUCACAGCCUCCCCAGGACCCCAGAGUCACAGUUUGAGCUGUGGGUCCUUUGACCUCACAAACACUCCUCCACAGGAGGUGGAGUGAGGCCUCCCUCAGCUCAGCUCAGCUCAGCUCAGCUGCUUCUCUUCUGUGGGGCUGUACGCGCGUUCCCUGGCCCUUCUCUCUCCUGCUGCCCGUGGCAGCCAUGAAGUGGACCCCCAGCUCCCUGGAAACCCUGCUGUGGGUCUACCACUUGCACAGUUCCACGGAGGUAGCCCUUCAGCCCCCUCUUCUAUCUUCCCUGGAACUCGCAGUGGCUGCAGCUCAGGAGUAUCUGGAGCAGAGGUUCAAAGAGCUGAAGUCCCUGGAGCUGCGGGAGCCAAAGAACCCGCCUGCCCCGAAGCCCACCCUGGGGCUGAUGCUAAGAGAAACCGUGGCCACCUUGUUAGAGGUGGAGCUACCCCCAAUGAAUAUCUCAGCCCUUUGGUCACAGCAGGAGGUGCGGCGACUAGAGAACAACAGCAGCCAGGGCCCAGCCCAACGCCUGCCAGGCAGGGCAGGGCAGGGGGCUCAGCGAGCAGGCGCUGCGGGCGAGAGCUUCUGGCUCCUGGUCCAGGGUGCGUGGCUGUGCCUACGUGGACGGGGCCUGCAAGGGUCCGCCUCAUUUCUGCAGCAAUGUAGACGCCAGCUGGGACUCAAAAUCCCCGGGGAACCGGAGAGUUCAGGAUGGGGAGGUGUUAGGGACCAGAGGCGGUGCGGUAGGAGGCACUGAGCUGCCCUCCCCCUCAACAGAUACUCGGGAGACCUCAAAGUGGCGUCCAGCAGCAGUGCGGAGGACGGAGUACCAGAGAAUCCGCCCUAGUCCCAGCCCCACCUGGAGUUCAAAUAAAGUCCAGACCGGGCCCAGACAGCCAAAGCUGCUCCCAGAGUCAUUUGGUUUUGGCCUCACUCACCCCGACCGCACCCUUCCUCGCUCCGCCCCGUGCCAUGCCGGCUCCGCCCUUCGCCCUAGCCACGCCCCAGCAUGGGCGCCGACCGACCCCUUGUGC